AUGUCUGGAAUACACCCAAUUUCCCUUCGUCCCUCUGAAGGACACAAAGAUCUUUUGUUUAAGAUGACCAAAAUAAAAGAAUUCAUGGCCAGUGUACGUGGUGAGCUCACUACAAUGCAUGCAGCCACUCGUGUUGUUUUUGGACAAUAUAGCGAUGGAAGAUUCCAUACAUCUGCCUAUGUUUCUUUUGGUGGUAUUCUUAUUACUGCUGGUCUCACUGACAGAAUUCCUGUUGUUAUUCCACCUGAGUUCAGGCGCAAUCAUAUUGACAAGGCCUUUGAUUUGUUUAUUGAGAAAGAUUUGGUAUCAAAGUUUGAUGAGGUUCCUACACUGAACUACUACUGCUAUUUAUAUUAUUUUGGAUCGGGAAAAUUAUAUGACUGGGGUCAGCACUGCCCUUGUCCGUGCAAACGAGGAAAAGCUGAAGUGGACACCGGCUGUCUACUUCAACAAAAGUGCUAA